AUGACCAACAUCAUGAAGGAUUUCGAUGAGCCGGGGCACCUCGCGCCGACAGGCCUGUUUCUUGGAGCCACGAAGUACAUGGUCAUCCAAGGUGAACCCGGCGCUGUCAUUCGUGGCAAGAAGGGAUCAGGAGGCAUCACUGUGAAGAAGACAGGGCAGGCACUCAUCAUUGGCAUCUACGACGAGCCGAUGACUCCCGGGCAGUGCAACAUGGUGGUGGAAAGGCUGGGCGACUACCUGGUUGAACAGGGCAUGUAGCCUUCCUGGAUGUCGAUAUAUGGCUUGGCUCAGUUCAGAUUUCUUUCAAUAACAAAGCCAACAAGACCUUUGCAUGUUUCCCUGUUUGCUUGCAUUGGCUCUUCUUCUCCACCGCCACAAGAUGAAGAUAGUAGCUGCUCCGCUGGAAGUUUUCAGUUCUGGCUCACUCGCUGUAGUUUACAUUCUUGGGUUGCUUCGAUCAUUUGGCUGUAGCGUGAAUCGCAUGGAGGAAUGCCCUAAUCACUAAGCAAGUACUCAUAUAUAUAUAUAUAUAUAUUUUUUUUUUCUGCAGA